AUGUGGAUAAUUGCAAUCCUCGCGUUUGCUGUGCUCGUUACUCAGAGCAGUGCAAGUAAGAUUUUCUAGUAUACUAAUAAUAAAAAAAUUCUGAUUUCAUGCCAAACAUAAUUCAGCAGCGAAAUGUAAUUCAGCCGCAAAAAAUAUUUGUUGCGAAUGCGAAUACCUAUAUGAGUAAUCAUUGUUAUUUGCCAGAAGAAUAUAUCCAUCUUGUUGACAGAUGACGUCAUCCCAUGGUUAUAUAAGAAGCUACGUUGCGACUUCAGAUCAGCCCGGAUGAAGACAUUGGACUGGAGUGUCGAAACGUUAAGUCGUGAAUGCUUCAUCUGGGCUAUGCAUUCAUUCGUAAAAAAACAGAGUAACGAGCGAAAACUUGACUGAUACUAUAUCUGGUUUCUGUGAACUCACAAUCUUUAAAUUUAAUAUAUGGUUUCCGUGAAUGAUUAAACUUUAAAUCGAAUAACAGUUAUCUGUUAUUUCUAUUUCCAGGUGUUCCUUUGGAGUUUAUUUUCUACGCAAAUGCGACACAUGUUAUGUAUGUGCCAUCAAGUGGUGGAGGAAGUACAGUCAUUCGUUCCGCAACUAACACAAAGUUAGGUUACGAUGCUACCACAAGAAGACUCUACGUUUUUGAAGAAAUAUCCUCGAAGUUAUUUUCGAUGAAACUAGAUGGGUCUGAUAGCCAGGAAAUGUUUGGAAUUGGAGGAGGCAUUAAAAGAUUCAGUGUGGAUGACAUUAAUGAAAAGAUCUACUAUAUCUCCGAGGCAACUGAUUUCACAAACUCUAGAAACUUUGGCGGAUCAAGUUUUACACUAUUGCUUGGUGACGGCAACGAUGAUCUUACUGAUAUUCAAGUCGACUCUAUGAUGAAGUAA